AUGAUGGGUGUGAACCAAGGAAAUAAUCACGAUGACUGGCGUCGACCCAAGGAUUGGUCAGAUGCUGUACACGUUGGCGACAUUUUUCUAAAAAUCCGGGGAUUCGUGGGUCCGAGAGAUGAGAAGCAGAUUCAGUCGCAAUUUUCUUCUGUUGGCGUAAAAGAUCAAAAUGAGCUUCCACCUCGUUCACCAAAGGACUCGUUUUCAAAAGCAGUGCUUCCCCUGUCGAGUGAUGUUCGUUUCCGGCGCAAAUGUGUCACUGUCUUUAAUGGCGUUCGUUUUGGUCGCAUACUGGAGCUCAUGGACGCCUUUGCUGGCCUCGUGGCGUAUCGUUACGUGCUGAAUCCUGCGCAAAUUUCCCCGAGUCCCUUUGUCCUCGUUACAGCCCUUGUGGACAGAAUCGUAACUCGAUAUGGCCACGGCAAGAAUUGCGUCGCGGCAAUCAGCGCGAACGAAGACAUUUUCCUUAGCGGUUUCGUGUCCUGGGUUGGCAAAUCGUCGAUUGAAAUUUUGGUGGAUGUUUGGCAGAAUGACUCGUUGGUGACAGAUGCUGCUUUUGUUUUUGUGUCGAGAGAUCCAGUUGGCCUGGGACCUACUCCAGUGAAUCCCUUGAAAAUUGAGUCCCCCGAAGACCAGCAUUAUUUUUCGAAAGGUGCCGCAAACACCGAGAUGCGGAAGCGGUUUGAGGAGAACAACUUGUUUCGGACGUUGCCGAACAAGGAAGAAAGCGAAUUGCUCCACAGACAAUUUCUCGCUUCCGUCGAGUCGCGUGUGUUUCGAGGGGAAACCGACAACCGAUUGGUCGCAGCUAGAGGCGGCAUCUAUGCGCGAGACACACAAUCUGAGAACGUAAUGAUCUGCCAUCCUGAAGACAAAAAUUUGAACAACAAGAUAUUUGGCGGACGAAUGAUGCGACAAGCAUUUGAACAUGCCUGGGGGGUCGCUAUGCUUCAUUGGUACUCACCCCCCCGUGGUCGACCGAGGUUAGUCUGCAUUGACGACAUUUGGUUCCGAAAGCCGCAGCUGUAUCCAAGGGAGCAAGUUAAACAACGUGACCACUCAUCGCUGUGGACCCUGCAAAUAUAUCAUGGUUGUUCGCGUUGACGCCCGAGUGUUGGACCCAACAACAGGACAAGGGGAAUUGACCAACACCUUUUACAUGACUUUCCGGAGUCACGAAAGAAAUAAAGUUCGUCCAGUGUUUCCCAAAAGUUACUUUGGUGGGUUUCUUUUGCUGGCUG